UUUGGAACAUGUUAUUCCUUACUUGAAGGCAGAUUGUUCUAGUUGUGUUUUAUGUCGCUCGAAAUGUAUCUUCGUUUAUAUGUUCUUUUCACUCUCUUUAUGUGUUUUUGCUGUGAAGAAGAGAACUUAAAGUUAAAUUAUUUGGAAAAACUCUUAAAAUCCUCAAUAGAAAAAUCAAAAUCGUAUAGAGUUCGUGAAAAUAACAGUGACUUCUUCAGAAGUCAGAGUGAUGACAAUAAGGUAAUUGAUUAUGGCACGUUUGACUUCAUAAUAGUAGGGGCAGGUUCCUCUGGAUCGGUGGUAGCAACCAGAUUAAGUGAGAUCGAAAAGUGGAGAAUUUUAUUAUUAGAAGCUGGAGACAUGGAUGAUGACCUAACUGACAUUCCUUACGUAUGGCAAGUGUUGCAAUUCUCUGAGAGAAAUUGGGGAUAUAACACUGUGCCACAGAAAAAUGGAUGUUUUGGUUUAGAAAACAACCAGGCCCCAUAUCAGAGAGGAAAGGUAUUGGGAGGUUCUGGUACCAUAAAUGGGCUUGGUUUCAUCAGAGGGAACAAAGCAGACUACGACAAAUGGGCCUUGUUGGGAAACCCUGGCUGGUCAUACCAUGAUCUCCUUCCUUACUUCAAGAGAAUGGAAAACUUUGAAUCAGAUAAACUAGAUCCAAAAUACAGAGGUUUCGCUGGGCCCCUAAACAUAGCCUACCAGGUUCCCAAAGACAAUCUGUCUUUCUUCGAAUCCUCAGGCCAAGAGCUGGGUUUGAAGGUCCUUGAAGAUUAUAACGGUGCAGACCAGAUGGGGAUCUCAAGGAGACAGAGAACUAUCCAGUAUGGAAAGAGAGUAAGCGGAGCCACAGCCUACGUCAGACCUUCCAUGAACAGACGCAACUUCAAUUUAACAUUAAACGCCCUGGUUACCAAAAUAUCAAUCGACAAGUCUACGAAAACAGCCAACGGUGUUAUAUUCGUGAAGGAUGGAAGGAAAUACAAGGCUGGGGCUAGGAAGGAGGUGAUUAUUUCUGGAGGGGCCAUCAAUACGCCUCAAAUUUUGAUGCUCUCUGGUAUUGGCCCUCCGGAUGAACUCAAAAAACAUAAGAUCGAAACUAUUGUGAAUUUACCGGUGGGGGUGAAAGCUCUGGAUCACUUCGAGCUCAGGAUUUACUUCAGGACGAACUACACGAUUGAGAGUGAGCCGUUGAGGAAACUCCUCCAAGAGUACCUUGAAGGAAAAGGUACUCUAACCAGUCUCGAUAACGGUAAAACAUUCGCCUAUAUAAACACAAGGAACCCUUCGUCUUCAGUCCCUAAUUUAGAGAUGAAUUCGUACUUCAACAAUCCUGUACCAAUUUCCAUACCAGCCAUCACCAACUACAAGAAGGAAACUGAAGAGUAUGUCAAGACUAUUGACAGCAGUACAGAUCUGAGUAUCGACAUGUAUAUACUCCAUCCAAAAUCUACAGGGAGCGUGAAGUUGAGAUCUAACAACCCCAGGGAUUUCCCCUUAGUUGAUCCAGGUACCCUGAACGAAGAAGAUGACGCCACGGUCUUCUUGGAAGGGAUACGAUUCCUGGAUAGAUUCGAAAAGACCGAAACUGCCAGAAGGGUCAAUGCUACCAAACUGAAGAUAACCAUAUGUGGGGACCAUGUUGAAGGUACUGACGACUAUUGGCUCUGCGUUAUAAAGAGCUUGGUGGUGCAUGGAGGUCAUAUAUCUUCGACUGCUAAAAUGGGCCCUAGGAAGGACCCUUUCGCGGUGGUUAAUCACGAGUUGAAGGUCUACGGAGUGAAGGGGUUGAGGGUGGUGGACUGUAGCAUUAUGCCUACCACGAUUUCCGGCCAUACCAAUUCCAUUGCUUUCGCCAUAGGGGAGAAGGCUUCAGAUAUGAUCAAAAGGAGUCAUAAACUUUAGGAUGGUCUGCAUUAUUCGUCACUUACUUCAAUUUGUUUUGCAAUUUUAAGUCCAGGAAUCCUCCUGUUUUCUAACCUCUCAUAAUUAUAUCAAAAUCCUCAUAACUGCGACAAAUUAGGAGAAUGCUUUUCUUGGAGUGAAUUGGGAAUCCAAAACUGGACUGAGUUACAUAAUUUUUUUCAGAAAAAUCUCCUAUUGGAUAUAUAGAUAAGACAGUUCAGUCAAUUCAACUUGACUUUCCUACCUUCUACGUCAUGACCCUUCCAGUAGGCUU